AACCUAUCGACUUCUGCUCAUCAUCAGCCACUUUCGUGCUCAAGUAAGAGCGAUGUGCAGUGCUUUGUGUUGAAGUGCUCGUGGUGACAUGGCGUCUUUAUUUUAAAUUACGUGGAAGGUGUUAUUACAUCAGGAAAUUUGUUUAUUUACAAUGAGUGUGAAUUAUGAUAGUGUUUGUAGACUGUGCUUGUCAUCCCGAGACGAAUUACUGCCGAUUUUUCCUACCACCAGUUCGGAUGACUCGGAACCUCCCGUCCUUGCGAGGAAAAUCAAGGAUUGCGUCUCUGUACAGAUAAGCAAAAAUGAUGAGCUGCCAACUAAUGUCUGCAGGAAAUGCAUGAACAAUGUGAAUAACUGGCACAUAUUUAAGUCAGUAUGUGAAAGGACACAAAACAAACUAGAAUCUCUGAUAAAAAAAGAUGGCAACCAACUAGAAGAGGUGAAAAUUAAAAGUGAACCGUUUUCUGAUGAGGCUUAUGAAGAUGGAGUGGUUAUUGAUGGGUCAUACCCUGAUAGUGAGAAUGUUGGAGGCUCUAGUAAAAUACAACCGGAAGGCCCACCAAUCUUGGCUUCAUUGGGGCUCACACCAAGAAGUGAUAAGGGAAUGGAAAGCGACAAAGAGGAGGAGGAAGAAGACGAAGAGAUGAACGAGUCCUCCCAGUCGUUCUCCACGGUGCCAGCGCCGGCAAUUCCGGAGGUGUCGAUCACUGUGAUGCGGCCGUCGGGCGAGACUCUGCCGGCGCGGCAAGGCAUCCAGGCGCUGGCGUCCAAGGAGUGCCUGGUCUGCGGCCGCGCCUACCGCUACUCGCACAACGCCCGCCGCCACGAGCUCACCGCCCACAGCUUCGACAGGUACACCAACAAGGUCUCCCAUAAGAAGAAGCCCUUCUCCCACAUGCAACCUAAACUUAGACCCAAUCCGUUCAACCCUAAAGCGCGCCUGAUGCCCAGCCACAAGAUGCAUCUGAUACCCAAACCGGUCCCUAAGUUGAUGCCGGUCAGAAAUGCCAACCCCCCGAAACCGGUUCUGAUCAAGAAGGGCCCGCAGAACAAUUUGCCCUAUCCCCUCCGCAUCAAAGCCUUGAAAGAUUUGCAAAUAAAGAAAAAGGAACCCCAGAUGCUGAAGACUUUGCUCACGUCGAAACCCGAGAUUUUGACUUCCGAGAUUGACAUAGCUAAUUCUGAACCGGAGAGUCCUGAAACUCUGGUAUCUGAGCCCGAAAUAGCUUCAUUCCAAGUUGAGACUAUACUAUCGGAACCCGAUGCUUUUGACCAGCCGCAAGGCGAGGAAGAUGGAGAAGGAGAGGUCGAAGGCAAUAAUCAAAACCAGAAUUAUGACACUGUCGACAUGGAUUCAGAAAAUGAAAUCGAAAUAGCUCGACAACAAGAUAAUGAACCGGAGGAGGAUGAUCAUAAUCCUGAUAAUGACAACGAAGAUAACCUAAAUCAAGAUGAGGAGCACAAUGCAGAUGAAGCCCACAGUGAGACAGAAAAAGAGCAAAAUGAAGAGAAUUUAGAGCAGGAUGAAAUUAUGGAUAAAGAAAAUUUUGAAAAUAAAGCUGAAAUUGAGGGAGAUAUUAAAGAAAUGGAUGAAGAGGAAGAUAGGGAACAUGACGACCAAGAGGUAAAUCAUGAUGAAAAUGAAGAAGAUGAUGAUAUGCCUCCCAUGGCGCCAGUUGUCGAGAUAAAUGAGGACAUGCAAACAAAUUCAUACAAUAGCGAGAUGAAUGAAGAAGAAGAAGAACUUGAUGAAACUGCCGAUGAUACUGCAGAUCUCAAUGAAACUGAAGAAGAACCGGUCAAAGAGUUAGACCCUGAUAAAGUAUAUGUGACCAAAACUCAAAGAGAUUUCAUAGUCAAAUACAGGGACAUAAUUCAACAAAUCAACACAAAAGUAUGUCUCUGCUGCGAUCGGGAGCAUCCUCGCCGAAAGGCAGUCAUACAACAUUUGCAGAAAAAUGGACAUAAGGUCCCAAAACAUACAUGUUACAAUUGUGUGGUCACAUUUUCACACAUUGGUGCAUUACUGAGUCACAUGAGAUCAAAUACUUGCACAGAUUUGUGGAAGAUCAUUUACAAUGAAAACGGCAUCACGGACGAUAUAGUAAUCGAUGACGAACCUAAGGAAGCCAAAGUACAAUAUAAAGAUAUUUUCAACGCUAGGUCUUAUGCUUGCAAAUUGUGCCCUGCUAAAUUCCAACUCAAACAGUUUAUUAUGAAACACGUGUUGGAUGUCCAUGAAGAUGGACAAUCAAGAGUUCCAAUGAUUUGUGUCCAUUGUCGAACAAGAUUUAAGGACAAGAGUUUAAUCAAGAAACAUAUACGUAAUGGUGACUGCACAGUAUACAUAUCUUGCGACUUAUGUUCAGAAAAGUUUUCAAAUAUGCAGACUUUCAACGACCACGCGAUGGCCGUGCAUGCCGGCAACUUCGACCAGGCUGACAACCCGAGCAAAUGUGUCGAUGGCCGCCCGACCGAUUGUCCCAUUUGCGGGAAAAAGAACAGCGGUUAUCCUAACCUGGUGAAACAUUUGAAAAUUAUACACAAUGAAGAAAAACCGCAUUACUGCACACACUGCGAUGAAAGAUUCGAACAAGCUGCUGAUCUUAAUCAACAUAUUUACACUGUCCAUUCUGACAGAGGCAUGACCGAGCCUGACAUGUCACUUGUGAAGGAAGAAGCUGAAGAAUAUCAUUAUUCCUGUACAGAAUGCAACGCUAUAUUUGAGACGGUCGACGCGUGGACUGACCACCAGGUGGCCGAGCAUAACCAAGUGGCUCACCAUUGUGAUCAGUGUGACAAGAAGUUCUUGCGACCAUCAGAACUUGCUGAGCAUAAAAAUACUCAUUUGCGCGUGAAGUUCUAUCCAUGCAAUAUAUGCAGCAAUUCAUACAGUACUCCUCAAAAGCUGACGGAACAUGUCCAACAAGCCCACCCCGGUGCUGGGUCCGGAGGAGGAUCGCAGACCACAGAUAAUGAAUUCUUCUGCGACAUUUGUAUAAGGUCCUUCAAGAGUCGCCAAGCUUACUCCAACCAUAUGCGUAUUCAUUCUCGGGUGCCCACCCCUAACAGGAAACCUGGCGACCCUAAAGGUUUCUCCCCUCAAAUUAUAGGGAAACCCAUCAAACAGUUCCCAUCUAUUCAAGCUAACUUUGUUUACAAGCCAAAUUGCAAUGUUCCUAAUGCUCCUUACUCGUGUGAUAUUUGUGGCAAAGGCUUUAUGCACAAGAAGAAUAUAUGGAAACAUAAGAAGGUGUUACAUGCAGAUAUACUCAAUGAUAGGAAUGACAGUGAAGAAAAUACAAUGCAAGCUUCUACUGAGGAGGAUGAAUACAACGUAGACGAAAAUGGUGCUUUGUUGUCGACUCCGCAAUUUAACAGUUUUAACUUCGCCAACUUCGCUAACAAUGUACAGCAGACGCCUCAGGAGGAUCAGUUGCUUUACACCUGCGAGCUCUGCUUCAAGCGAUUCCCGCUUAGGUCUAGUUUGUGGAAACACAAACGCGCUAAACAUGGAAUCAUCAACGCGAGUGCGGGCGGGGAGGUUGCGACGCCGUCCUCGGCCGGACCGUCUGAAGGCAGCAGCAGGUCCAGUUGCACUAUUUGUAAAAUAACAUUCUCCGACAAGAAGUCUUAUUAUCGUCAUAGAAAGAACGUGCACAAGACUGCUACACAAAUGUGUAAAAUAUGUGGCAAACCAUUGAAUUCGACAUUGGAACUAUAUGAACAUUUGAAAGCUGCUCACGCUCGUGAAUUGUUAGGUUACAAUGCCAGUCAGGGAUCUAGUACUAAGCAGGAAAUGAAACAGGAAUUAGAAGUAGAUUAUGAGAAUGAUCAAGAUUCGAUAGACCCGACGGUGGAUUAUCAGGCGCGUUAUCCGUGCGACACGUGCGGCAAGCAAUUCGUCGGAUUGUUGGCGUUACAAAACCACCAGUGUAUAAAUCAAGUCCAAUCGCAGCCGCAGACUUUCGAUUGUGAGAUUUGCCACAAGAGUUACACCUCGAUCGCCGCACUAAAGAGCCACCGCGGCUGGCACUUGCGUUCUCCCGACGGCAAGGCGGCCGCCAACAACACCGGGCUGUGGAUGCCGCAGAACAAGGUCACCAACAAGGUCAGCAAGCACGAGGUGGUGGACCCGGUGCAGCUGGCGCGGGUGCAGCAUACCACUGUGUCGUCCCCCGCCGCCGCCGUCGCGGCCAAGCGGAGGCUGCCGCCGGAAGUCGAGGUCACCGUCGUCAAUCCCAAUAAAAAAUUGCGCUCCGACGACUCCAUCGAUUUGGAACAACAGACCGGCUCGAUGGAAGACAGAUAUUGCACGCUCUGCGACAAGGAGUUCACGAAGCGGGCGGCGUACCAGCGCCACAUGGAGGAGGUCCACAUGCCGAACUCGGUGUUUUGUCCCGUCUGCGACAAGAGCUUCACUAGGAAGUCCACUUUGAUCGUGCACAUGAAGAAGCACUAUGAGGGCGGGCAGGGCAGCUCCAGCGGCACCCAGAUGGAGGAGGAUUGCGCGUGCGAAGUGUGCGGCGUGCAGUUCGAGAGCGAGGCGGCGCUGCGGGCGCACGCGGCGCGGCACCACGGGGAGGAGGAGUCUGAGGAGUCGGAGGAGGAGGGAGGCGCGGCGCCGCUGCAGCCGGGGGAGUUCACGUGCGCGCAGUGCGGCGACGGCGUGGCGACGCCGCGCGACCUCAUCGCGCACCGCACGAUGCACGCGACGCCCACCAAGUUCUUCUGCAACAUCUGCAAGGUGUACUUCGUGCGGGCGCUGGACCUGUCGUCGCACACGCGCGCGCGGCACGCGGACAACGAGAAAGUGUUUUUCCCCUGCGCCAUGUGCGACCGCUUCUACAUGAACAAGAAGAGCUUGCAGCGGCACAUCGAGACCGCUCAUUGAUCCGAGGCCGAGGAGCUGGAUCCUCGAAAUGAAUAAUGAGUGUACUCGUCUCAUCAUGUGACAUUGUGGCUGCGACAUUGACAGUUUCUAUACAUUGUACCACAACUCGUGAUACGGGAGUGAUUCGCAAUCGUUGCGA